AAAACAAAUCCUUCUCCUCGUUCAUUAGCACUCUCUCCCCGCCGCAAACGCCGUAACGGGGAUGUUCUCACCAUAACACCGUUGAAUCUAAUCCCGUUUCUACACGUGCCAUAACCAAAACGGGAUUUAAGUAAGAAUAUUCCGUUUCGAUGGCUAUGGAACCGUUGGGGUUGGGAGUGAACGUCGCUGACGGUGACGGUAACGUUAACGGCGGUGGGGAGAAUAAUAACACUACUACUACCACCCCGUCUAACGAAGCCGGAGAUGACGGCGUCAAGACGGCGAGGCUGCCACGCUGGACGAGACAGGAGAUACUGGUGCUGAUCCAAGGGAAGAGAGUGGCGGAGAACAGGGUCCGGCGAGGGAGGGCGGCGGGCAUGGCGCUCGGGUCGGGUCAAAUGGAGCCCAAGUGGGCGUCGGUGUCGUCGUACUGCAGGCGUCACGGCGUGAACCGAGGGCCGGUUCAGUGCCGGAAAAGGUGGAGCAAUCUCGCCGGAGAUUACAAGAAGAUCAAGGAGUGGGAGUCUCAGGUUAAGGAGGAGGCGGAGUCGUAUUGGGUGAUGAGGAACGAUGUUCGCCGUGAGAGGAAGCUUCCUGGCUUUUUCGAUAAAGAGGUUUACGAUAUUGUAGACGGCGGCGUGGUUCCUCCGGCGAAUCCGGUUCUUGCGCUUGGCUUGGCUCCGGCGUCGACGUCGGCGGAGGAGCCGGCGAGGAGUGUGGAGAAGUUGAGUUUGGCUUCGGCGCCUAAGUCACUUAUAGAUGUUAUAGACAAGGAGAAGCAAGCAGCUUGUGAAGCAGCAGAUCAAGGUGGAAUGAAAGAGAGACAUCCAGAAGCAGCAAACCCGGAAGCUGCAUCGACAUCUCAAGAAGAGAGAAAGCGUAAACGAACAUCUAGUGGUGAAGAAGAAGGAGAAGCAACAAAGAGCAGGCAGGACCAGUUGAUAGAGAUACUAGAAAGAAACGGGCAGUUACUGGCGGCACAGCUUGAAGUUCAGAAUACAAACUUGAAGCUAGACAGAGAGCAAAGAAAAGAUCAUGGUGAUAACUUAGUCGCUGUUCUCAACAAGCUCGCAGAUGCUGUGGCAAAAAUCGCAGAUAAGUUAUAGAUAUAGUAGUAAUACAUUAUAUAUAUGUACAUUUCUUCGAAUAUUGGUUCAGCUUUACUUCUCAUUAUUAUUCUUCUCUCUUUUUUUUUUGUUUCUUAUUUACCACCAUUGUUGAUUGAACAUCGAUGCGAUGCCACCCAAAGAGGCUCUAUAGCAAAUCUUAUAUAAACAUGGAGAGUUAUAUA